AUGUCGUCCUCAUCUACUCCGGAUCCGUCAUCAGAACACAGCUAUACCAAAAUGGCUACUGCCGACGUCGAAGCCAUUGGCGCUCAUUGCCAGAUGACCUUCUGUCAUCAACUCGACUUUCUCCCUUUCAAGUGUGAGAGUUGCAAGNGGGUAAGUUUUCUUCUGUUCGCUUUUCUGUCUCUGCCACUGACAGGCAUCAGCAAAUUCUGUCUGGACCACCGAUCAGAGACAGCGCAUUCAUGUCCCAAUGCUGGUGCUUGGGCAAGAGCACGCGCCGCCCAACAACGAUCCACCUACACUCCUUCGCCCAAGCCUUCGGUUCUCACACACGAAUCGCAAUGCUCCGAGCCCUCGUGCAAGACACUGAUCAACACCGCUCUCGUACCCGGCGUCGAAUGCGAUUCCUGCAAUCGCAGCUACUGCUUAAAACAUCGUCUAAGAGAGUCUCACGACUGCGCCAAGCUCACUCCUAUAGGAGCUCGUGCGAACAAGGAGAAAGGGUUGAAUGCUCUGGCCAAACUGCGAGCUUGGGGUCAGGCCAAGCAGAAGAACAUGACGGCCGCCACAACCUCUACUUCCAACACCAAACCCUCGACAUCAUCAGCCAAGCCUCUCACUGCUGCUCAACGAGUUCGUGCCACUGCCGACCUGAAGAAGAAUGCCAAGGGUGAUUCCAAGGUACCCAUGGAAAAGCGCAUCUACAUCAACGUCGAGGCAUCAGCAGACACAACAAAGGCCAAACACCCCACUGGUCAAUUCUUCUAUUCGUCCGAGUGGAGCAUUGGUAGGAUCCUCGAUAUGGCUGCCACCUCACUACAAGUCGAGAAUCUCAACAACCGUGUAGACGGUGAAGCAGACAAGUUACGCGUCUUCCAUGUUGAAGGUGGACGACUGCUUGAUUUCGGUGAGAAGCUGGGUGCUGCUGUCAAGACGGGCAAUACUUUGGUUUUGCUCAGAGGCGUCGGUCCACCCGUUCCGGAUCUUAUCGUUCUUGACCCGUAG